AUCAGGAAGAACCGCUCAGUUUGCAGAGAGCGGAGGAGAGGGUGAGCAAGUACCUGAAAAUUCAUCAGCGCAUUAUGCCUGAUGACAUGGCAAGGCCUUUAAUCCGCGACAGAGGUGAAGCAGGAGGCUCGAGACAUCUGGAAGCCUCCAUGUCCGACUCUCCGGUGAUCGGCAUCAUGGGAACGGGCGACUUCUCCCGCUCGCUGGCCAGGAGGCUGGUGUCCUCCGGAUACCAGGUGGUGGUGGGGAGUCGAAACCCCAAGCGCUCUGAGGAUUUGUUCCCCGAAGAGGUCGAGGUGACCUCUCAGGUGGAGGCAGCCAGUCAGGCAGCCCUGAUGUUUGUGGCUGUUUUCCCCGAGCAUCACUCCACGCUGCUGGAGCUGAAGCCCUCGCUGGCUGGAAAGACGCUGGUGGACGUGAGCAACGGUUUGAGAAUCAACCACGACGGGCCUUCCAACGCCGAGCAGCUGGCCGACAUGUUUCCAGACAGCGAUGUGGUCAAAGGGUUCAACACCAUAUCAGCCUGGGCGCUGCAGAGAGGACCUCGAGAUGCAAGCAGACAGAUUUUCCUGUGCAGUAACAGCAGCAAGGCCAAGAGCUCCGUGAUGCAGCUCUGUCGCAGGAUGGGCUUCGUCCCGGUCGAUAUGGGCCUCCUCUCCUCUUCUCUGGAGAUUGAAAACCUCCCCCUGUCUUUAUUCCCUUCCUGGCGCAUCCCCAUCCUCUGCACCCUGUUUCUCUUCAUCCUCUUCUACCUGUACAACUUCCUGCGGGACGUCCUGCAGCCCUACGUCACGGCGGGGAAGAGCGUCUUCUACAAAAUGCCCAUCGAGACGGUGAACGUCACUCUGCCCUCCGUGGCCUUGGUGAUGUUGGCGCUGGUUUACCUGCCUGGUCUGUGUGCCGCCUUCUUCCAGCUGUGGUCCGGCACCAAAUACAACCGCUUCCCUAAUUGGCUGGACCGCUGGCUGACGUGCAGGAAGCAGUUUGGACUGUGCAGCUUCCUGUGUGCAGCGUUACACGCCAUCUACAGUCUGAGCCUCCCCAUGAGGAAGUCUACACGCUUUAAACUGCUCCUCGCUGUUAGACAGAUGAAGGAGGGGGACGAGGUGUGGGUGGAAGAGGAGGUGUGGAGGAUGGAGCUGUACGUCUCCGCGGGCAUCAUGGCGCUCGGACUGCUCUCUCUGCUGGCCGUCACCUCGCUGCCCUCCGUCGCCAACUCUGUCAACUGGAGGGAGUUCACCUUCAUACAGCUAAUCCGGUGGCCGUCAGAUUAGUCAUGUGUCGAGAGCCGGAGCGAUGAAGAGAAACUUCUUGCCCUGAACCUCCAGACCUGCUCUCACAGCUGCAGGACGCUGGGUUUACCGUCUGUGUCCACCAGGGAGAGGACGCAUACUUGUUUAUAAUGGACAUACAAGCAAUGAGAAAAGGUUGAUUCAUAGUCUGAUUCUCUUUAUCUCUCAAGGAAUGGCAUCGAAAACAUAACUGUGUUCCAAGAUAAAUAAAACAGCCCACAUAUUGGUCACUUAAAGGGGACCUAUCAUGCAAAAUGCACUUUUGUACGUCUUUUAUACAUGAAUGUGUGUCCCUGGUGUUCCAGGGAACUCACCAAGUGUCAGAAAACACAACCCUCUCUCUUUUUCUCCAUACCCAAAUCUCUUAAAAAGGGGCUGCAAUGGAUCUGAUACAGACUGAUCCAGAUUUGAACACUUCUCUGACGUCACAGAAGUAGCGCUACGGCUAUUGGGCCAACUCCACCAAUCAGGAGGAGACAGCCACGGACAUUGCCGUUCGAAAGUGCUGGAGACGCUGUAGUACAUAUGCCAGGCCUGUAGAUGGUGCUGUUCUCACAGAAUCAGCCCGUGAAAAGACGGUGUUAAAUUGAGCGAAAUGAGGAAUGGCUAAAAUGCAUGAUCUGUUUGGUAUUUUGAAAAGUAUAAAGUAUAAAUAUGCCUUUAUAUAGGUAUGGUCCUACACUAUAUUAUUGAAAUAUAGCAUGAUAGGUCCACUUUAAAAUACCACUUCUUGCCAUCCUAUGAUAACCAAGGUUAGUCAUAAGUAAAAUUUUAUAGAAAAUCCUCAAAAAGACCAACAAGUCCUUCUGAUGACACACAUCUUUAAGACGGGUCACUGGGAAAUGUCCUGAAACAGCUGGACACUGUGGGUUCAGCAAAACUGCUUUAUGUAAUGUAGAGAAUGUAUUUGACUUGUUUUAACACAGAUAUAACCACUUUGAAUACAACGAGACGAUACGAUAUACUUUAUUGUCCCCGUAAGGAAAUUCGUUCUGGGCUCCGUCCAGCAGUUCCGCAUACAUGUACAUAAUAUACAAACAUAGUGGACAUUUAAGAGACAUACACAUAUCAUCAAUCAUACACCGUUUGAACAAACACAAUACACACAGACGCACAUACUGACAAUGGCGACCUAUUGCACAACCCUCAUGGCCAACAUUUAAAAAAAAAAGUACAUUUCAUUACAUUUGACUUCGACUACAUUUCACUUCCUGUCAAUGUUAAGAAGUUUAACGGACAUUGGUAGGAAUGAGUGCUUAUAGCGGUUCAGCCUGCUCUUGGGAACCCUGAAUCUUCUACCAGAAGGUAGGAGCUGGAAUUCUGGGUGGAGUAUGUGGGUGGGAUCAGACACUAUUUUGUUUGCCUGUCUGAUAAUGGACUGCUCAUAUAUGUUUUGGAGAUAUGGGUGUUUUUUAACCCCCAUAAUUUUUAUAGCCGUCUGUACCAGGCGAGCGAUCUGUGACUUUGACUGCACUGUCAAGUUACCGUACCAGGCAGUGAUACCAUACCUAAUGAUGCUCUCCAACACUGCAUGAUAAAACAGUAACAUGAACUUCUGGUCGACGCAGAAAGCCCGGAGUCGACGCAGAAAGUACAAUCGCUGUUGAAGUCUAGAGCACAGACCUUGAACAUGCGCCUUCCAGCUGAGUGUAUUAUCUAGAUGGACACCAAGGUACUUAUAGGAGCUGACCUGAGUUAUGGGUUCAUUGUGGAUAACCACCGGGCUAAGGUCACCCACUGCCUUUGGGUCCCACACCAUCUCCUCAGUCUUCUUCACAUUCAGCACUAGAUGGCUAGAAUCACACCACUGCACAAAUCUCUCUAUUUCAGAGUGAUAAGCCGAUGAACUGCUGCCCUUGUGCAUUAAGCCAAGGAUAGCUGUAUCAUCAGAGAAUUUGAUGAUAUAAUUCUCCGGGUGGGCUCUUGUACAGUCGUUUGUGUACAGUGUGAAGAGGACCGGGGGAGCUCACACAACCCUGGGGGGUUGGGUUACUGAUGGUCCGGGGCUCUGAGAGGGCAUUGUUGACCCUGACUUGCUGAGUGCGAUUGGUUAAAAACGAAAAAUACCAUUUCAAGAUGAAAGGAUUUAUAUUGAUCUUAAUCAGUUUUUGAAGCAAGAUGUGAGGCUGCAGUGUGUUAAAAGCCGAGCUGAAAUCCACAAACAGUAGGCGUACAUAUGCCUUAGGGUCUUCCAGGUGUUUAGUGACCAGGUGUGUGAUGCUAUUUAGAGCAUCGUCUGUGCCACGCCCUUGCUUGUAGGCAAACUGAAAAGGGUCUAAAUGUACAUCAACCUCCAUUUUAGCAGCGGCACCAUGAUCCUCUCAAAACAUUUCAUGACAAUGGAUGUCAAUGCAACAGGCCUAAAAUCAUUGUUUACCUUUGGACAAGGUUUUUUGGGGACAGGUUUUAUUAUUGAUUUUUUCCAGAGGGUGGGGAUGGUGUGAAGAUCAACAGAUUUUUGAAACACUCCAUUUGUUGUGCCCAUGAUAGACAUUUAUUUGGACUAUUCAAGGCUUUAAAGCGUAGGGAUUGCACAUGUUGACGCACAGAAGAGGCUUCCUGCCGUUAAUGUAAAAGCCCCCGACUCGGCCGAAUCAGAGUCAAAUGAAUGCUUUUGGGCCGUUGGGGCGCUGUCUCUUUUGUUCAGUUUCAAUGUGCACAAAUUACAGAAGACCAAAUAACAUAAUUGUUUUGCUUAGGGUUGUGUUUGAAUGAGCAGGGCUGGAAAUGUAAUGGCAAAAAUCUCUCUUUAUUAGGCAUUAAUGUGGAAGUGAAAACUGCAGACAUGGCAUUUUAAUUAGUGAUUAUUUACGAUAAGAUCAUACUUUAUUGUCACAUCAAGUCUAACAUUGUCCCUGCAUCACCAUCAGCUCCAUUUACAGCAUCAACAAGGACACAUAUUAAGACCAGACAUCUUCUCAUUCCUUUUUUUUUAAAACUCCGCUGUUCCCAGCUGACUCAGAAAGCGACUCAGGUUCUGGUCCAGGCUCUCGUCAUCUCACGCCUAGACUACUGCAACUCC